ACCAAACGAACUGUAAAUUACACUGGUAUGUUUGUAUAUAAAUAUUCCCCUCCUUCAGGCAUAGUGGCUAUUCAGAAAGACAUAUGGCAGGUCUAAGUGUAGUACUUGAAGGGUAUGGAGAUAUUGGUGGUACCAAAAGAUGUAUGACUUGUACUACAUCUUCUUCCUCACAUAUAGUUAACAAAGCCAGUGUGACAAUCAAAUCCAUGGCAACUAGUACUUGUGGGUUUCUUGAUUCUUGUUUUCUUUGCAAGCAGAAGCUUUUACCUGGUCAAGAUAUCUUCAUGUACAAGGGUGAUAGGGCAUUUUGUAGCAAGGAGUGCAGAUGCAGGCAGAUUUUUAUGGAUGAACAAGAGACUAUCAAGACAAAGCAAAAAUAUAACAAUUAGUUUUAUCCUUGCAACAUUUUGUUUUGACUACUACUAUUGUGUUAUGUUCUUAGCUAAAGACAAAGCACAAUAGAGGCAAAAAAUUCAUACAAGUGAUAUCUACGAAUCAGUUUUAGUUUUGUUAAAUAACUUAUAUUAUUAUUAUUAUAUUUAUUUACAUAUAUUUAACUUA